AUGGAGCAGAUCCAGACACAAGCGUCUGAUUUGCGCUACCUGGCGCAAGCUCCCGCCGCGCUGAGCGACACGGCAAGCAUAUCCUAUGAUACACCGCGGCCUGGGCCACACGCCAGUCCGUCUGGUUCCGCUUCAUACGGAGACAAUUCCGCUGGCAUCGGUGCCUCUGCGGCCGCGUCCAAUGCCAACAAGAGGAAGUCGAUAGACGACGGAGCAGCGCAAAAACAGACGAGGAGCAAGAGGAAUCGGUAUAUCUCCAUCGCGUGCAACGAGUGCAAGAGAAGAAAAAUCAAGUGCAAUGGCGAGACGCCUUGCCAACGAUGUGGCAACCUCAAUCUGGCGUGCUUAUACGCCCCCAACUGCUGCUCAAACAACUUCAAGGACUCGGAUGAGUUUAGGAGCGUCACAAGUCAGCUCAGUCGACUCCAGGAAGAAGUCAACUGGCUGAAUCAGACGAUGAAGACUCUUUUGCAGGCAGAGCCAACUCGUCUUGCGGCCCCCUCAACCGAUCGCAUCCUGAACGGCAGACUUGGCUCGACCCUUGCGCCCUCUCCCGCACAAAGCUCCGCGUCCAUGGCCAGACCAGACUUGUCGCACUCCAAAGUAGGGGCGUUCCGGGGUCCUACCAGCAUGGCUUACAGUCUAGAUAUUGCCAACACGACCAUCUCCAACAUGGGAUAUCGUGGUAUCGAUGAGACGUCCGACCAAGAGCAGCACGGAAGCGAUGUUGCUAUGCAGAUCGGUACUAGCAAUACUGGUCAUGACCCUCUGUUAGAAUUCGACAAGGACGAGAUGAUUCGGCUGUGUCGAUUGCAUGAGGAAGAGGUCGGUAUAAUGUACCCAGUGCUCAACAUCGAGAGCGUCACCGCUCACGCCAAGAACAUCGCACCGUUAUUGGACUCUAUGCGUGGCCAACAACAGCCCACGGGACUCGUCAAUGACGAGAAGACAUUACAACUCAAAAUUGUCCUCUGCUGCGCUCUGGUUACCGAGUUCCAUGGCAACAGCGACAAGGCUGUCCGACUGUAUGAGAGUAUGGAGGGGGUAGUCAACAAGAAGUUGAUGUCUGAACCUACUGACGUGGCCAGCUUGCCGCUUCUUUGCCUGCUGGCCGGGUUCAAAUAUCUUUCUUACGAAGAAGUUCUGGCAUGGAGAAUCAUGGGACAGGUUGUACGGCUCUGCCUGGAAGCUGGUAUUCAUCAGAUGGCGGGGUUGAUGAGGAUCCAGGACGACUCAGAGAGAAGGGAUGCACUGAACAGCUUCUGGUCGGCAUAUGUUCUCGACAGACGAUGGGCAUUUGCCACCGGGCUACCCUAUUCGGUGAUGGAUGAGGAAAUCGAUCCCAGGCUACCGCUCCCCGAGGAGUACCCGUUCCUUGUUGCCAUGAUUACCUACUCUCGUCUUGGUGCCAAGGUCUGGCGCCAAGUGUCACGUCCCGGGCCGGCACUGGCUCGAGAACCACACCAGGAAGAGAUUGAUAAUCUUGAUCGAGAGAUACUCCAGUGGUAUGAGAGUGUACCCGAAGAAGUCAAGGUGCAAAACUGGGACAAGGAAAAACAAAUAUUAUCGACACCCUCGUACAAUCUGCAGCGUCUCAAGAUCUUCACAUAUUUGAGACUUAAUCAGAUUCGUAUCUGGCUGUAUACUCCUAUUCUACACAGCGCCACAAGCAUCAUGCAACAUCCGGGUCAAGCGCAGCGUGUUGUCGACUUUGCCAAGGACACUAUACAAUAUUUGAACAAUUUGAACAACACCACGAACUUGUACCGACGAUCGCAAUCCUUCUACCAUCAAUUCCUGGCCUCGGCCAUUUCCGUGGUGUUUCUCGCGUCGGUGCAUGCUCCCGUCCGAUUUAGUGCUGUCUGCAGGGAGGAGUUUUACCUAGCGCUGGACUUGGUGAAGGACCUGUCGGCCAAGAGCUUUGUCUCCAAGCGCCUAUGGCGCACCAUCAAGUCACUGAAGGACGUGGCGCCCCGAUUCGGCCUGAACCCCGAUGAUGACGCGCAUUCUAAUGCUGCUCUGGGAAUGAUUGGGCUGGCCAGGGGUCAUAUGGAGAGCACGCCCAUGACGCAGUCUCCUUUCCCCAACAUACAUCUGCCUCAGAGCCACCAGACGCCGGAGCAGCCCGUGGAACAAAACGGCAAGAGGAUUCAAAGCGAGCUGUCGCGAAUUUUCGAGGGCUACGUCGGCUUGAAUGGCUUCCAGUUUGGAGACGAACAAGUUCCCCCACAUAAUGACCUUGCCACGGCCGACUCUGUUGGGGGCAUGUUUACACCCGAUGGAACCGUGUUUCCCCAUUUGAGGGAGAUGUUUUAA